UGAAGUUGUUUUUGGGUUAAUUACAUAUUUGAAAGGGUGUUGCUAUGGAAAUAGAAAAACGUAGCACGGACGAAAGCGCGGUCGAAUAAUAAAGAUUUUCCUGACCCUACUCUAUCAGCUCACUCCAAACACACAGGAAUAUACUUUUUGGCGAAGAUUCUUCUUCUUCUUCUACAUGAACUCCUCCGCCACCGCCACCGCCACCGCCCACUCGCUCGCUCCGUCGCCAUUACACCGCUUCCGCAACCCAUGCGCUCCCAAAGCCUCCUUCUCCUGCUCCAUGCCUCGCCCUCCCAAUCGAAACCGCCGAAACCGCAGACGAAACUCCGACAGCGCCACCACCGCCACCUUCACCACCGUCCCCACCGCCAAGCCCGCCUUCUACACUUCCUCAGACCCUGAAAACAUCCAAGCCACCUUCGACCUCAACAGCCUCUACCACUCCUCCCACUCCUACCUCCGCCACUUCCUCUCCUCCGCCGCCGACGCCGCCGCCGACCUCCAGACUCUCGUCUCCGUCGACGUCGACCGCAGGAUCGUCGUCUCCUGCCGCCCCUCCACGCUGCGGUUCGUCGGCAAUUUCGUCGUGUUGACCUGCGCCGUCGUGCUGGGGUUUAGGGUUCUGGUUGGGUUGGUGAGGUUAGGGUUUGGGAGCGGGUCGGGUUACGGAAGGGAGAAGGUGGUGACGAGGAGGGAUAGGAGUCUUGGGGGGAAGGAGGUUGUGGUAGCUAGGAUAGAGAAGCCGAGAGCAGAGGAGGUUAGUGUCAAGAAGAACAGCGGUUUGGGGAUUUUGGAUAAUCCCCUAUCGUCGGUGAGGAAGAGCUCAAUGGUGGCUGGGAUGGAGAGAGUGUUUAAGAAUCGGGUUCGCUUCGGGGAGAAGCUUCCCCAAUGGUGGCCAACUACAACUUCCCAGCCCAUUUUAGGGGUUGAUAAUGAGGAGCACCAGAGAGAAGCAAAUAGAUUGGUUAGAGCAAUCACCGACAGUAGAAUGAGCGGGAAGGACAUUAUGGAGGAUGAUAUAAUUCAUUUACGUCAAAUAUGCAGGACAUAUGGAGUACGGGUCUCCUUUGAUACUACAAAUACACGAGAUUCAUUGUACCGUGUGUCUGUUGACUUUGUCUUCAAUGUAUGCAGCAGGACACCGAGUUACUCUAAAGGUGUUGAGAUCGAGGGUGAAGAUGCCCGGCAAUUCAUAGCUGGGCUAGCUGAGAACAUUGGGCUUGAGAAUGUUCGUGCUGGAAGAAUUGUGUCUGCCGCCGUAGCUGCGCGUACACGUUCAUGUUUUUUGCAGGCUUGGGCUUUAGUAAUGCAAGCUAAACAUGCAGAAGCCGUAGUAGAACUGUCAAAGAUAUGCCUUGUUUGGCGGAUUUUCCCUCCCGAGGAAUCUUCGCCUGAGAUGGAGAUGGUGGCUCGAGGCUUGGAGAAACACUUGAAAAGGGAUCAGAGGAGAUUUCUUAUGAGCAUGCUUGUUGGCACUUGCAGUGAAGAGAGCCAGAGAAGAGCAGCAGAAGCACUGGGUUUGGCAUCAUCUUUCAAAGGUGUUGGUGAUGAACAAUAUCAAUAGUCUACUUGGAAAAUAACCAUCAGGGAAGCACGUGGUGAAUCCAUUCUAAUAACAAUCGGGAAACACAUUAUGUAUUUACCAUUGUGAAUCAACUCUAAUAUCAAUCAAGAAAUACAUUGUGCAAUUACCGUUGUGAAUCAAAUAUAGUGUGUUUGCACAACUCAUUAUAUCUGAGUUUUUAUUUUUUACUUUUAUUUUUUUAAACACGUAAUUAUUGGAAUGUAUUUUUUCCACAUUUUGCAAUGUAAUUAUUUAACACAUAAUAAUAAGCAAAAUGAUCAUUCCAAUUGCUGCUA